GGAGUUGAAGUGAGGGUUGCCAGAAUAUUCAAUACCUUUGGUCCUCGAAUGCAUAUGAAUGAUGGUAGAGUUGUCAGUAAUUUUAUCCUACAAGCUCUGCAGGGAGAACCACUAACAGUCUACGGACCUGGAACUCAGACGAGAGCUUUCCAGUAUGUCAGUGAUCUUGUGAAUGGGUUGGUGGCGUUGAUGAACAGCAAUGUCAGCAGUCCUGUCAACUUGGGAAACCCAGAGGAGCACACUAUCCUAGAAUUUGCCCAGUUAAUUAAAAAACUUGUUGGCAGUGGGAGUGAAAUCCAGUUUCUCUCGGAAGCACAGGAUGACCCUCAGAAGCGAAAACCUGACAUCAGAAAAGCCAAACUAUUGCUUGGCUGGGAACCUGUGGUCCCAUUGGAAGAAGGUUUGAAUAAAGCAAUUCAUUACUUCCGUAAAGAACUUGAGUAUCAGGCGAACAAUCAGUAUAUUCCCAAACCAAAACCCGCAAGGAUGAAAAAAGGAAGAACAAGACAUAACUGAAGACUAUUAGUUGGACAGGAAAUUCCCUGCUUGACAUUUGACGGAUGUAAUUUUUUUUCUUCUUUUUUUUUGUUUUUGUUUUUGAGAGAGACUUUGAAACAGGUAUCAUGAAGAACAAACUGGAAUUUCAUUCUGAAGCUUGCUUUAAAGAAGUGGAUGUGCCUAAAAAUAACAAACAAAUAUUCCCCUUCCCCUGCAAAUCUUGCCUUGCACUUUUUAAAUCUGUCUUUUUAUGUAAAAUAGAGUAGAAGCAUCUUUUAGUAUCUUCAAGUUUUAUAUCUUGCUGUGAGAUCAUUUUGUUGUGACUGUCCUUGACAGUUUUAUUUACUGGUUUCUUUGUGAAGCUGAAGAUAAACACAAACGGGAUGGAAAAUGCCAAUUUAUUUAUAAAAUGGGUACUAUAAAAUAAGAGAUGUUCUACUAUGCAUAAGAAAAAAGCUAGUGGUAUUGUCAGGUGAGAGACACAGACAUCUAAGUAUAGAGGAGUUUAAAAGAAUUCUGUAUGAGAGCUUUAUGUAUUCUUUAAAGGAGAGAUUUUUUCAAAGGUUUAGUUUUAGUUGUAAACUUGAAUUUGAGAUAUUUUCAUUGAUUACCAUGGAUAAGGAUAUUUUGAAUCACUACUGUGUUGUGCAUACUCUGGGAAUAAAGUUAAUGUAUUAUUGGUUACAGUGGUUGAAUAUGCUAUUUUAAUAAAAUAUUGAAACUUCUAUUUA